GAGGAAGAAGAAAAACACGUGAUUCGCGCUAACUGAAAGCAAGAUGGCGGUGGUAGUGCGGAGCUUGCAAGACCAGCUCGAAAAAGCCAAGGAAAGCUUGAAAAAUGUAGACGAUAAUAUUCGUAAAUUGACGGGGCGUGAUCCAAAUGAAUCAAGACCGGGUCAGAUCCGUCGACUCGGCGGCCCCAUGGCAGGCCCCGGUGGAGGUAGAGGCAGAGGAAUCAACCUGCUCAGGCGUAGUCUCUCAGACAUUGGAAGCGGCGGCCCCCCUGCCAAGCAGAGGGACAUCGAAGGUGCCUUGCUGAGGCUGGCGGGGGACCAGAGGGCCAGGAGAGACGCGCGUCACGACAGCGACGCUGAGGAUGAUGACGAUGUCAAAAAGCCGGCGUUGCAGUCGUCUGUAGUAGCUACCUCCAAGGAGAGAACACGCAGAGACCUCAUUCAGGACCAAACCAUGGAUGAGAGGGGCAAACAGAGGAAUCGGCGUAUGUUUGGUCUGCUGAUGGGGACCCUGCAAAAAUUCAAACAGGAGUCCAAUGUCUCAACAGAGAAGCAAAAGCGACGUACAGAGAUCGAGCAGAAGCUCGAGGUUCAGGCUGAAGCUGAGAAAAAGAAGGUGGAGAAUGAAAAGAGGGAGCUGUUUGAAGAGAGGAGAGCCAAACAGACUGAGCUGAGACUACUAGAACAGAAAGUGGAAUUAGCUCAGCUGCAAGAGGAGUGGACCAGCCACAAUAAUCGUCUGGUAAAAUACAUUCGUACCAAGACCAAGCCUCAUAUCUUCUACCUGCCUGGAAAAAUGUGCUCCGCCACACAGAAACUCCUCGAUGACUCCACCAAGAAACUAAACGCUGUGUUUGAGGAGAGGUGUGAGGCUUUUGCCGAACACCUCAGCAAGAUGGAGUCCCGCCCCCGGCGACAGCCAAACCGCGACCAGGACAGCAACGCAGCAGCAACAGGGAUGGACCACUCGGCGGAGGGUAAGCCAGCAGGCCAGGUAGUCAAGGUGACAGGUAACAGGGGGGGUGCAGAGAUGGAGGAAGAGGAGGAGGAAGAUGAGGAGGAGGAUAGGAGGAAUGAGGGGGGUAGAAAGGUGACAGCAAAGGAAGAAGGGAAGGAAGUGUUGAAGAAGGUGGAGGAAGAGGUGGAGGGGAUAGAGUUAAGUGAAGAGGGUAAUGAGGAGAAGAAGAAGGAAGGAGAGGAGGGGGUUAAAGACAGCGGGGACAGGGGAGAGAAGGAAGCAAGUCCAGGGUCAGAGGAGAUGGAGGUGGAGGGCGGGCCAGAGCAGGAGGACAGGAGUGAGGGAGAAACGCAGAGUAAACAGGGGCCCACAGACCUCCAAAACGAAAAGACCAAGGACACCCAGUUCUCUGAACCGACCGUAACCAGCCAAGAAGCACCAAACACCAGCCACCAGCCUCAGGUCAGCCACAUCGCAGGGGAACCAGCCGUUACGUCCUCUGGGAUUCUGGAGGAGAAGACCCCUGGGUCUCAAACGGCUUCCACAGUGCCUGGGCAGGAUAUCAUUAUCCCUGGCCUCGAGGUCCAGGACUUAACAGUCGAGAACCCGGCUGUGGAAGGGAAGCCAGGGGAUGAAGCACCCCAGAAACUGCCUGACACCCAGGCCCCCAGCGUUACCCCUGCACCCUCUAAGGAGGAACGGGAUGGUAGGAGAGGGAGGAAGAAGGAAAAGGAGCCGAGGAAGGGUCGCAGUCAUAGUAACAGCUCCUCCUCUUCCUCCUCCGGCUCCUCCUCCAGCGGAAGCUCCUCCUCUUCCUCCGGAUCCAGCCGCUCCUCUUCAUCAUCAUCGUCCUCUUCGUCCUCAUCGUCCAACAGCAGCCGAAGUCGCAGCCGAGACGGCGGUAAGCGCAAGAGAAGGCCGUCGGACAGGGGCAGGAAGAAAGGAGAAGAGAGAAGUCGCCACAAGAGAGGAGGGAGUAGCGGAGGAGGGAGGGACUCGAAGGGAUCGAAGGAGAGGAGGAAGAGGAGCGAGGAAGGGAGGGGCAGGUCUUCCCGGAGCGAUAGGGAGCAUAAAGAUAGAGACAGGAAGGACAAGAGACGUUAAUGUGGUUCUUUCAGCCUCCGUUUGGUAUCGCUGACAAACUCCACCAUUUACUGGAUGACACAAGAUGACGAGUUUUAAACUAUCAUUUCUCCUUAAAACAUCUCACAUAAAGGCUUAUUGAAGUUUUAAUAUGGGCAGAUUUUUACAGUGUAGGAAUUUUUAAAUAGAUGUCAAGACUGACGCUAAACAGUGGACGUGUGCUUAUAAUUUUUCUCCAAUGUUUUCCCCUUUUUCUUGGCAAAAUAAAUGUAAACGGGACUUUUAGUCUCAGUGGUGCAUCUGGCAGGGCAACUUAUACCGUCUCUAAUGGAGCCCUUGCUAAACAGGUUUCAGGCGGGCGAAACUAUUCAAAGACCUCAUUUUAGUCCUGUCAUUUUAAGUCCAAAUGAUUAAUCUUUGGCCUGACAUUUGGGUUUUUAAAAAAGGUCUUGUGGAACUAUGAUGAAGAGAUGGCGUUAAAUGUUUAAAGUUUUUCAUCCUAGUCAUAAUUCCAUCGGCUGGGGCAUUGAUGGUUAUGGUAGUCGUAACCUUACAGUAGUUUUGUUUUCAAGUUGAUGUGACGCUGUUAAGUCAUUUAUUUCCACUAUUUGAUCAAAGUAAAGGCCCUUGUAUCUUCAUCACCUGGGUACAUGUGAUUGUCAUACAGGUUUUUGCAAAUGUUUUUUUUUUUUUGUACCAACUGAUUAUCUGCUUCAAAUUAAAGAUGAGGUAUUAGUGG